UUUUUUUUUUUCUCACCACCUUUUCCCCAUUUUUUUUUCUUUCUCUUUUUCUUUUUCUUUUUCUUCAUAUUUUAUACCACAAUGUAUCCAACUACAUUAACUGUUAUACCCCUUGAAAAUAAAGUCUUACUUCCUGGUGUGGUCAUGCGUAUUGCUUUACGUGGUCAAGAAGCAACAGAACUCAUGCGUCGUUUCUUCAAAAAGACGGAACAGCAAGUGAUUUAUGUUGUUUGUGUUCCUCUUCAACCUAGUAAAAUAACCGACAUUGAUGAUUGUACUUCACAGGCUCCUCAUGUACCAAUAUCUCCACAACAACCUCCAUCAAUGACAAACAAUGAUCAACAAGAUAAACUCGUGUCUCCUGUUCAACAAGUUCGGUUACCUUCCUUUGGUUGCCUUGCCAAGAUUGUUCGUGUUCAACGUGCUGGUGUGGGGGUUUUUGGCGUUUACUUGGAAGGCAUUCAACGGUGUCAGUUGGUAGACACGAUGAUAAAGAAGGAUGAACCCUUGAUGUAUCAUGUGAAGUAUAAUCAAGAUAUCACAAGUAGCAAAGAUAAUAGGGUGGUGGAAGGAUAUCAAACAUUAUGUAAGACUUUUGUUCACAAGAUGAAGGAAUUGCAAAUGCCUGAUAGCCUAUUAUUACAACUGACUAAGAUGACAAGUACAAUGGCUCCUUUGGCUUUGGCUGAUGUAUUGGUCUCUAUCAUUGAAACAACAUUUGAUGAAAAAUGGACCAUGUUGGAAACCUUGGAUCCUAUGCAACGUCUCCAUUUGGCCUCUUCUUUGAUGCAACGACAGUUACAAGUAUUAUCUAUUUCUCAACAAGUUCAUUCCACUAUCGAAGGAAAACUUACAAAACAACAACGCGAAUUUUAUUUACGUCAACAGCUAGACGCUAUUCGACAAGAACUGGGACAGGAACAAAAAGAUGAAGAUGAAAUGACAGAACUGAAUCGACGAUUAGUGGAAGCAAAUAUGCCUUCUCAUGCUGUGGUAGUGGCUCAAAGGGAAUUAAAACGAAUCAAACGUCUUCAACCAUCAUCAACUGAAUGGGCUGUAUCUCGAAAUUAUCUUGAAUGGAUGGCUGAUAUGCCUUGGACCAAACGAACAGAUGAUUUUGUCGAUAUUCAACGUGCAAAACAACAAUUGGAUGAUGAUCACUUUGGAUUGGACCAUGUCAAGAAACGAAUUAUUGAAUAUCUUUCUGUUAUCAAAAUAAAAGGUGAUCUCAAAGCACCUAUUAUUUGUUUUGUGGGUCCUCCUGGGGUUGGGAAAACAUCAUUGGGCAAAUCUAUUGCAAAAGCGCUUUCAAGAGAAUUCCAUCGAUUAUCGCUUGGAGGUAUUAGGGAUGAAGCCGAUAUGAGAGGUCAUCGACGCACUUAUGUAGGAUCACAACCUGGUCUCGUUAUUCAAGGAUUACACAAAGUGGGUGUUAACAAUCCGUUAAUGUUAUUAGACGAAAUUGACAAAUUAGUACAUUCUUCUCAUUAUGGAGACCCAGCUGCUGCUCUUUUGGAAAUCCUGGAUCCUGAACAAAACAAUGGUUUUACUGAUCAUUACCUCAACAUUCCUUUUGAUCUAUCAAAAGUUCUUUUUAUCGCCACAGCUAACAACCUUGAUACCAUUCCUGAACCUUUACUAGACCGUAUGGAAAUCAUUCACCUACAUGGCUAUACUUUUGAAGAAAAACUCCAUAUCGCAAGAACUCAUCUUUUACCAAAACAGAUACUGGCACAUGGAUUGGAUCUCAAAGAUGUGAUUAUUUCGGAUCAAGUUAUUCUGGCAUUGGCUGAACACUAUACUCGGGAAAGUGGAGUACGAAACCUAGAACGAACCAUUGCUUCUAUUGUUCGUGCCAAAUGCGUCGAAUUGGCUGCUUUGCGCGAAAAAUCAAGUCCUAAUAAUGAUCAAGUUGUCAAUAAAGGCUAUUGUCCUGAAGUGAUUUUGGAAGAUCUUCGUACUAUCCUUGGGGUUUACAAAUUCGAUAAAGAAGUUGCAGAACGUGAAGAUGUACCUGGUGUGGUCACUGGCUUGGCUUAUGGUGGAUCUGGGAAUGGAUCUAUUCUUUUUGUGGAAGCCACCAGAAUGCCUGGAAAAGGUGGCAAUCUUCAGUUGACAGGGUCCUUGGGUGAUGUUAUCAAAGAAUCAGCACAAAUUGCUCUCAGUUGGGUGAAAGCACAUGCAUAUACAUUGAAUUUGACAACCACACGUCGUAUGAAUAUUGUUGAACAUGAUGAUGUCCAUAUUCAUUUUCCUUCUGGUAGUAUUCCCAAAGAUGGUCCUAGUGCAGGUGUGACGUUGGUAUGUGCGCUUGUAUCCUUAUUUGGUGAAUGGCAGGUCUCAUCCACCACGGCGAUGACAGGUGAAAUCUCAUUACGUGGUCAAGUUCUUCCUGUGGGUGGCAUCAAAGAAAAAGUGAUCUCGGCACAUCGGGCAGGUAUUCGAAAAGUGAUUUUACCAUGGCGCAAUAAAAAGGAUGUGGACGCGGAUGUACCAGUAUCAGUCAAGAUGGAUAUCGAAUUUAUAUAUUGCAAGACUAUAUGGGAUGUAUUGAACGCAGCCUUUAUGAAAAAUAAUGACAAACAAAAGUGGUCACCAACAACAAGGAUGACUUUGGAAAGUCAUUUGUAGUGUAGGUAUUUUUUUUUUUUAUCAAUCCUCUCUUUCUUCUAUUCCUUUCGGCCUUACACAUUCGUUGUUUUUUUUUUUCCCCAUUAGAAAUAGUUUUUUUCUCUUUUUUUCCUCUAAUCAUAUACUUUAUGCUUUUUCUUUUUCUCCUCAAUAAACCAUUUCACCAUUCAAUCUAUCAAUCCUUUAACCCAACUAUUAUAGCUAUUCAUCUAACCCAUCAUUCAAUCCAUUAUUUAAUAAAAAAAAAGU